AUGACUGUCUACCAUGUCUUUCGAGUGCCAACUUCCCGCAUCCCCGGGCCGUGGUAUUCAAAGUGGACGAGGCUUGUUCUCGACUUCCACUUCCUCAGCGGCUCAAGGUGCCACUAUGUGCAUGCUCUUCACCGGCAUUACGGCCCUAUUGUCCGCAUCGGCCCCAAUGAGGUCGACAUUAUAGAUAUCGAGGCCGUGAAAACCAUAUACGGCAGCAGGGAGACAUUCCGCAAGUCCCAGUUCUACCGCAGGCUGGCCGUGCCGGGGCAACAGUCGCUCUUCAACACGGUUAACGUCGACUUCCAUCGCCGGCACCGAAAGCUCCUAGCAGGGCCCAUGUCGGACUCGUCGCUGAAGUGGGUGAUUGUUCACGUAGAGGCCCGUCUGGCGUUGGCCCUCUCCAGGAUAGGUGAGGAAAUGAAGUCGCGAGGCGCGGCAGACGUCUUCAAAUGGUGGUUAUUCAUGACGACGGACACUAUCGGCGAGCUGACGUUUGGCGACUCGUUCCGCAUGCUGGAGCUUGGUCAUAAGAACGACUACGCCCGUGAUUUGGAGCAAGACAGCCGAGUUGGCGCCAUCCGGGCCACCUUCCCGUCCAUGGUUGGACUCUGCAGAGUCGCUCCGUUUCCUAUACUUGGGCGGGCAUACCGAGCCAGCGAGAACCUGACUCGUUAUGCAAGCGACUUGCUGGAGCGGCACCAGUGGCUUCAGGCUGUCGACCCGGACGAGGCGCAGCGUACGUUCUUCUCCAAGCUCUUCAGCGCCUCAGAGGAUGGCAAAAUGCCGUUCAACGAGAUCCGCGACGAGGCCCAGAACUUCAUCACGGCGGGUAGCGACACGACGGCGAAUUCGCUGACCUACUUGACCUGGGCCGUGUGCCGCAACCCGGACAUUCGAGCGAGGCUGGUCCGGGAGCUACGGACGCUGCCGCCCGACUUUACCGAGGCUCAGCUACGCAGCCUGCCCUUCCUUGACCAGGUCAUUAGCGAGGCGCUGCGCCUAUACUCGGCGGCCCCAUCCGGCCUGCCUCGGCUGGUGCCUCCGGGCGGGGCCGAGCUUGCGGGACACUGGUUCGCAGCGGGCACCGAGGUGUGCGCGCAGGCAUUCAGCAUGCACCGCGAUCCCGUCAUUUUCCCGCAGCCGGACGAGUUCCAGCCCUCGCGAUGGGCAUCGCCCACAAAGGCCAUGAGGGAGGCCUACAUGCCCUUUGGCCGGGGCGCCCGAGUCUGUAUCGGGAAGCACCUCGCUCUCAUAGAGCUUCGGCUGGCCGCCGCCCGCUUCUUCCUGACCUUCCCCGAGGCGCGCAUGUCGUCGCUCGAGGGCAUGUGCGACGGCGACAUGAAGCCAAUGGUCCACCUUUUGCUGUCUCCAUCAGGUGGGCGGUGCUUGAUUCAAGCCUAG